UGUGGGUACAUUUUUUAAAUUUUAAUUGUCAUACUUUGACCCUUCCUGUGGUGUUUGUAAGUUUGAGGCAUCUAUGUAUCUGAAAGAGUUUGAGCUCACAGCUGCACCAAAACUUCCAGACUACUGGGCGCAUGAGUGUGUGUGGAAGAAUGCUGGGUACAUAGCCAGGGCGUGUGAGUGUUGGUGUAAGGCUGCCUAGAAGAUGAAAUCAGAAGCUGCAUGUGAAGUCCUGAGCACGCUUGGUGCCUGGUCCAUAGAGCACAGCCCCAGCUGGCCAGGUGACAGCUGCUUGGCUCAGGUGUCCCCACAGGAAGCUGAAUAGCUCUGUGCAGAGAUAUGCUGGUGUACCUCCCUAGAAGGGGAAACUGAGCAAAGCGAUGGGGGAUCUCAGAGAAACAAAGACCCAGGCAGCUUUGUAAAGAUGGCAUGUAGGAGGAUUGUGGGCAGGGGACUGGCCCCGUGGUCCAAGGUGGUAGGCACCUAGGGAGGUGCUGCUUGGAGCCACAUGCCUGUGCUUGCCAGCUCUGGGUAAACAGUGAAAGGAGCCGGGCAGCAGAGGCCCCACACUGGGCAGGGAGGGGUACGGGAAAUCCCAGCCAAUCGUCUGGCCUCCCACUGCCCCAUGAAAGAACCAUUCAGCCCAGGCCGUUCCUGUGGCAACAGGGAGACUCGCAGCCAUGAGAGCGCCAGUCUUGACCCUGUCUUGCGCAGCAAGGCCACAGCCUGGGCCCCCGCCCCAGCUCCUGCCUCUGGUGUAUUCUGCAGCCCCUAAGGACAGCAGUGCCAGCCCAUGAGGCUCCCAGUCCCCACUGAGUGCUGUCCUGAAGGAUGUCCCAGCUCUCCUCCACCCUGAAGCGCUACACAGAAUCAGCCCGCUACACAGAUGCCCCUUACGCCAAAUCAGGCUAUGGUACCUAUACUCCUUCCUCCUAUGGGGCCAACCUGGCUGCCUCCUUCCUGGAGAGGGAGAAGCUCAGUUUCAAGCCGAGCCCCCCCACCAGCUUCCUUCCCCGUCCCAGAACCUAUGGUCCCUCCUCCAUCCUGGACUAUGACCGGGGCCGCCCCCUGCUGAGACCCGACUUCGGGGGUAGUAAGCGGGCAGAGAGCCAGACCCGGGGAACUGAGCGGCCUUCAGGCAGCGGACUCAGCGGGGGCAGUGGAUUUCCCUAUGGAGUGACCAGCAACUCCCUCAGCUACCUGCCCAUGAGUAGUCGCGACCAGGGAAUGACCCUGACGCAGAAGAAAUCAAACAGCCACUCAGACCUGGCCCAGGAUUUCUCCAGCCUCCGGACUUCAGAUAGCUACUGGACUUCAGAUAGCUACCGGAUAGACUCGGGGACCCUGGGCCGCAGCCCCAUGCUGGCCCGCACUCGAAAGGAGCUCUGUGCCCUGCAAGGCCUCUACCAGGCAGCCAGACGCCCUGACUACGUGGAGGACUACCUAGAGAACUAUGGGCACAAAGGCAGCGCACCCCAGAUGCACUUGCAGGCCUCUCCCUCUCGAGUUCCUGAAGUCCUCAGUCCCACCUACCGACCCAGUGGCCGAUACAUGCUGUGGGAGAAGGGAAAGGGCCAGAUCCCUGGGCCCAGCCGCUCCAGCUCCCCAGGGCGAGACACUACGAAUUCAAAGAGCCCCCAGGGUCUGGCUGGCCUUCGAAACCUUGGGAAUACGUGCUUCAUGAACUCCAUUCUGCAGUGCCUGAGCAACACUCGGGAGCUGAGGGAUUACUGUCUGCAGAGACUCUACAUGAGGGACCUCAGCCACACCAGCAGUGUGCACACAGGCCUCAUGGAAGAGUUCGCAAAGCUAAUCCAAACCAUAUGGACUUCAUGCCCCAACGACGUGGUGAGCCCGUCUGAGUUCAAGACCCAGAUCCAGAGAUACGCACCACGCUUCGUUGGCUACAAUCAGCAGGAUGCUCAAGAGUUCCUUCGCUUUCUCCUGGACGGACUCCACAAUGAAGUGAACCGAGUGGCGGUGAGGCCCAAGUCCAGCCACGAGAACCUUGAUCAUCUCCCCGAUGAUGAAAAAGGGCGACAGAUGUGGAGGAAGUACCUGGAGCGGGAAGACAGUCGGAUCGGGGAUCUCUUUGUUGGGCAGCUGAAGAGCUCCCUGACGUGCACUGACUGUGGUUACUGUUCUACGGUCUUCGAUCCCUUCUGGGACCUCUCACUGCCCAUUGCUAAGAGAGGUUACCCUGAGGUGACACUGAUGGACUGCAUGAGGCUCUUUACCAAAGAGGAUAUACUUGAUGGUGAUGAGAAGCCAACAUGCUGUCGUUGCCGAGCCAGAAAGCGAUGUAUAAAGAAGUUCUCCAUCCAGAGGUUCCCAAAGAUUUUGGUGCUCCACCUGAAGCGGUUCUCAGAAUCCAGGAUACGAACCAGCAAGCUCUCAACAUUUGUGAAUUUCCCACUAAGAGACCUGGACUUGAGAGAAUUCGCCUCAGAAAACACCAACCACGCUGUUUACAACCUGUACGCUGUGUCCAAUCACUCCGGAACCACCAUGGGUGGCCACUAUACAGCCUACUGCCGAAGUCCAGUGACGGGCGAGUGGCAUACCUUCAAUGACUCCAGUGUCACACCCAUGUCUUCCAGCCAAGUGCGCACCAGCGAUGCAUAUUUGCUCUUCUACGAAUUGGCCAGUCCGCCCUCUCGUAUGUAGUGGCGAGGAGCUACAUCCCUUCCCUUUUCCCUGCGGUGGCCUCACAUCCUACGUUUUUUAAAAAGACUAAAACAACGACAAAAAACCCUGACAAAUAAGAAAAAAAUAAACUAAAAUAAAGCUGCGGAGCAGCCUGGUCAGGGUCAGGAGCAAGCAGCCGGGCGCCCCCGAGCCACGCCUGGCAGGAAAGACCAACUGGACACAGAGACCGGCGCGGCACAGCGCUCCCUCGGCUUCGCCCGUUUGCAUUUUUAAGCUGUGGUUUCUCCUGAUAAACCGCGGCGGUCUCCGGGGAGAGCACGUCCGCGGCAGCCUCAGCGCCCGCAGGCCCGCGCCUUCUGGGAGGACAGCGCCCCCUGGAGCCUGCUGGAAGCGUCGCCGCCUGGAUCCCGGCAGCGCGGAGGAGCCGCCUCGGUCCCCACCGGACUUGCGGACUUGCUGUCGGGCCGGGUAGGAAGCACCCUUGAGCCAAGAGCCCUCUUAACACUGCCGACUCCGGCGGCGUGGAGGAAGGAACGUCUUUUUUUAAAAAGGCUGGUUUGGGUUUUUAGAAGCCCGAUAUUUUUAAAAUUACUGUAACGAAAGCGUUGCUACUGGAGACGCGCUCGCGCGCCUCCUCUCAGCUGGGACCUUGGGCUGGUGCUUGUGGUGUUUUGUUUUAAGGUUUUUUUUUUUUUCUUCUUCGAGUACACCUUUUCUAAGGCUAGCCCCCACGUGGUGCUAGGUGGGUGUGACCCGGCCCAAGGCAGCACCGUAGACCUGGGAUCUAAAUAACUCUUUGGGGCGUUUUGUUUCUUGUUUUUGUUGUAAUGUUUGGAUGGAAUCUAGUUGCCUCCAAUAAUUGUGCCUUAUAUAGCAUUUGGGGACCAGGGGGGUAACUGCCCCUCCCUGAAAUAUCCCUCAGCCUCUUUUCUCUUCCCCAGUGCCAUGUCCAGGCCCCCAGGGGGACACGGCCUGGCCCUCAGCUCCUGGCACGUGGCACGUGGCAGUGAGGCAGAGAGAAGCAGGUCAAAGAUUUCUCACCACCUUCUGCCUGCCCUCUGCCACCUCCUUACCCUGGUCUGCUGCCCAGCUGUUGGGGGACAGCACAAGUCCCGUCCCCAGAACUUCUCUCCCCUUUAAUUUAUUCUGCCCGUAACAUCCCUUUCCCCUGCCCUCCUGCCACCUGCCCUUCUCAGAGCUUCCCAGACACAGGCCCUCGGGAUGGAGUUUCUCAGGGAUGCCCACGCGCCCUCCACUCCUCAGCUUUGCUCAUGGGUCCUGCCCUGGGAGCCGGGCCUCUGCGUACGAUUCUUCCCCAUGGGCUUGACUUUGCCCUCAGUCAUUAGACAAAACACUGCUGUCCCAAAGAGCAGAGCUGCCGAGCGCUGAGGUCUGCGCCCUCUGCAUGCCACACAGCUGGGUCUGGCUUGUGCUGCUCGGACCCGGGUCACCCAGCGUGCCUGGGGAGGCACCAGAGGGACACCCUGAGUUUACCUGGCCUGAUACCUUUCUCUAGGGAAGACCUGUGAACCUGAGCCCCAGGGCAGGUGGGCACUUGUUUACCAUGUAAGCAAGAGUAGAAGAAUGUGUAAUGUUUAGUGUACAGAAUAAAUAGCUUUGAGAAAAAAGCCAGUGAAUGGUGGAAUCUUGAUUUGGAAAGGGCGGGACCCCAGGGCGAGCUCAGAGCAUUUGAAAGACCACGUAUUCCGUAUUCCAUUGCUUUGUCCGGUCUGUACGUCCUCAGAUUGGCAGAUUUUUACCUGCCUGGUUUAAACUUCCGUAUAAAAAAUCUGCUCAUGGUGGCGCAGGCUGCGAUCCCAGCAGCACUCAGGGAGCCCAGGCGGGCGGAGCACUGCAAGUGCCAGGCCAACCUGAGCUACAAAACCAAACCCUCUCAAAAACCAAAAAGGAGAUGUAUAUUUUGGACACCCUCUUCAUCUGGAUUCACCAAUUACAUAUUUCCCACAUUGUUUUGUAUAUGUGUUGUUAUUUUGGCCAGCACAUUAAGGAGGAUCAUACAUCGUCAUACUGCAAAGACCCUGCAUACACGUUCUAAAUAAGGAUGUGGUCCUACAUGACGCCGUCUCACAGCUGGCACCGUGCUUCUUUACGUGACUGGCUGCUGUGAGUACUGCUGUCCCUGCUGAGAUGGGGACACCGUGCAGCCCGCAGCCAGCUACCGCAGGCCUCUCCAGCAGAUGCGAGCACUGUGGGAGCUCGCUGGACCAUAAGCAGCAGCUCAGUCAGGCUGAAAGUGACAGGGGCCUGAUUGUUCAUGAAGAUCUUAGCUUCACCGCUGAGACUUAAACACCUACUAUGUGUGUGUUGAGGGUUUUCUUUUUUGUUGUCAGUUUUGUUGGUUUUGAACCUGGGUCUCCCUGUGUGCCAGGCUAGCCUCAAACUUGUACUUUCUCUGUAGUUCACACUGACCUCAAACUCACAUUUCUCCUGCCUCAGCCUCCCAGAGUGAGAAAUAGCUUUGUUAAAGAUUUGGUUCCCUCAGUUUACCAUCGCCCCCCACCCCCCCACCCUGGCCCAGAGUUGAACCCAGGAGGGCCAGGGAUUUAGCUCAGUGGUGUAAAUGCCUGCCUGGCAAGCGUGAGCUAAGUUUGACUCUUGAUGUAAAAAAAAAAAAAAAUAGAUGAACCCAGGGACUUGCUAGAGAAGCACUCUAAUCCACAUCUUGGACCCCUAAAAGGCUUUAUUAAGAUUCAGAUUUUAAAAGACCAAAAAAAGGGGGGGGGGCUGGGGAUUUAGCUCAGCGGCAUAAGCGCCUACCUUGCAAGCAGGCAGUUGUGAGUUCGAUCCCCGGUACUGAUAAAAAUGAAAAAAGACCAAGAAAAUAAAUAAAUAAAUAAUAAAAAAGAUUCAGAUUUAACUCCUUAAAAGUAUUAGCUCUUUGGCUUGAUGUUUUUGGUGCAUACACCUAACCCAGCCCUCCGGGAGGCUAAAUAGGAAGAGCACACGUUUGAGCGCAAACUGGUCCUCAAAUCCUUAAUGGGGCUGGGGUUGUAGCUUUCUGGGAAGUCCUGGGUUCAAUCCCUAGAACUAAAAAUGAAAAAACUUCAGAACACUGAGAGACACUGUCUCUUGGAUUUCCUUUUGAUUUCUACUCCUGUUUAGCUUCUUGUUCUUGCCGCAGAUCUUAGAACCGGGAAAGCUCACACCUGGGGAGACUUCUCGCCUCCACCGCCUGAAGUCUUGAACAUUAAAGGGCUCUCUCUCCCUUCCUUGCUGAGACGAGCACCUGCUGUCACCGGAGGCCUCUGGCCUGCUGACAAGCCCACCUCACAGAAAGGGACAGUCAGGGAUUUUAGAGGCAUUUCCCAAGAAUGGAAACAGUGACACAAACUCUAUGACUUUUCCCUGAGAGACUCCGACUUCCUCGACCUAAUUUGAGAAUGGCAUGAUUCAGAAUCGUAAAAGCUGAUGACUUCCUCCAAGCCCUAGGUCACCGGAGCCUCCUUGAAAUAGAAACACUGACCUGUAGCCAGGAGGACAGUGGCCCCAUAAAUGUAAGUUAUUACCAUGCCUUGCCUUUGUUUUGUUUUUUGUUUUUUUGUUUUUUGUACCAGGGAUCAAACUCACGACCUUGCACUUGCCAGGCAGGUGCUUACACCACUGAGCUAAACCCCCAGCCCCUUAUGCUUUGCCUUUGACUAGUUUCUCACUGCAGAUGGAGGCCAGCUUGUGCAUUUUGCUGUCUUCCAUCGAGGGGGAGGGAGGGUCAGUAAUAUAGGAGGGGCUCAGACCUCUGCCCUUGUUCCCAGCCUCCCUUUGCUCUGAACCUGCAGGGCUUUCUCGUCCCCAUGGCAACAGGCCCGCCUGCUUUACAGACUCCGACACAAACAGUGCUGUCCACCACCACCACUACCACCCCCGUUGUCAUCAGCCCUCAGCUCCUGGCAACUUGAAUUUCUUAUCCGGUGUCUGCUGGCCAGGCCUCCACCAGGGAAGGUCCUCUUUUAUGACCUUGAACAAGAAUGGCCCUCUUCGGGGGCUGGGGAUUUAGCUCAGCGGCAUAAGCACCUGCCUUGCAAGCAGGCAGUCGUGAGUUCAAUCCCUGGUACGGAUAAAAAAAAAAACAAAAACAAGAAUGUCCCUCUAGCCAGGUCUCAAUGCCUCUGCUACAAAUUAAGGAGAUUAGGCUGGUAGUUCUUGAAGGUCUCUGAGAGCAGUGUUUUGUUUCAAGUCCAUUUUAUUUCAAAUACAAAAAAAAAUUUUUCUCAAAACAUCAAUCGGGACAACAAGAGUAUAUACACUAAAAAAAAAAAAAAAAAAAGAGUAUAUACACUGUGCAUUGUCAUCCCCAAAUCAUUCACCCAGAGCACAAGACGUCUGCAUUCAAUUGUCUAAACAAUAUCAGUGCAAACUUUUCCAAAAACUCAGAUAUCUCUUUUUCUUUUUCUUUUUUUCUUUUUUUUUUUUUUUUUUUUUUUUUUUUGUCUUUUUGAAACAGUGUCACUACACAGUUCAAACUGGUCUUGAGCUCACUUUAUAGCCCAGGCUGGUCUCAAAUUUGCAACAAUCCUCAAACAGGGUGUAGUGGCACACGCCUGUAAUCCCAGCACUCUGAAGGCUGAGGCAGGAGAAUCCUUGCCAAAAAGACCAAGACCAAAAAAAAUGCAACCACUUGCAAUGAUCCUCCUGCCUCAACCUGGGAUUACAGGUAUGUGCCACCACCCAGAUAUGUUAAUUAUCUUUUUAUAUAUAUACAUACACAUAGUGUUGUUUGUUUCACUUCUUACACUAGGGAAACAUGUUUACACAUGUGUCUGAUUUAUUUCACUUAUGAAUAUUACAAGUUGUAUCCAGUUAUCCUUCCUCCAGCUUAUCCUUCUUUAUGGCUGAGUAGUACUCCAUUCUAUAAAAGUACAUCUUUUUGUCCAUUUCUCAGUGGAUGGACACUUAGGUUGUUUCCAAGAUCUGGAUAUUUCAAAUUGUGCUGCUAUGAACAUAGGUGCACGUAUAUCACUAUGGUACAAUGUUUUUAAUGCUUCUGGGAAGAUUCCCCAGGAAGGGAAUAGCUGAGUCAAAUGGGACCUCCAAUCUUCAUUUUCUGAGGAAUUUCCACAGUGUUUGCCCCAGUCUAUACUCCCAACAAUAGUGGAGAAGGGUUCCUUUUUCCCCACAGUCCUUCCAGCAUUUAUUAUUGGUUGAUUUCUUGGUAGUAGCCAUUAUUUCCAGGGAGAGGUGGAAUCUCAGCAUUGUUUUAAUUUGCAUCUCACAAAUGACCAGUGAUGUUGAACAUUUUUUCAUAUAUUUAUUUGCUGUUUGUAGUUCUUCAUCUGAGACGUGUGUAUUUAUUUCAGAUGCCCAUUUUUGGGUUGAGUCUUUAAAUCUAGGACAACUGCUUUUUUUGAAUUCUUUAUAUGCUCUCCAUAGCAACCCUUUGUCUGAGUAUCUUCACUCUGUUAGUGGUUUCUCCUGCUCUGCAAAAGCUUUUCAAUAGGAUGAGAUCCCAGCUGUUAGUUCUUUGCGAUAGUUCCUGUGCAAUUGGAGUUUUGUUCAUAAAGUCUUUGCCUACACAGUGUCUUCAAGAGUUUUGCCUACUCUAUCUGCUAGCAAACUUAAUGUUUCUGUUUUAAUAUUAAGAUCUUUGAUCUAUUCUGAUUUUGGCUUAGUGCCUGGUGAGAGAUAUGGGUUCCGUUUUAAUCUUCAGCAUGUGUAGAGCCAGUUUUUCUAGCACCAUUGAUUUUUUUUAAAUCGGUACCAGGGAUCAAAAUCACGACCGCACCAUUGAUUAAAGAGGCUGUCUUUCUUUCGUGAAUGUGUUUGGCAUCUUUGUCAAAGAUAAGGUGGCUGAGUGUGUUUGGAGUUGUUUCUGCAACUUCGAAGCUGUUCCAUUGAUCUUUGAGUCUGUUGUUUGUUUUUUUUGUUGUUGUUGGGGUUUUUUGUUUGUUUGCCAGUACCACACUUUUUGGGGGGUGGUUGUUUUGUUUGUUUUAUUUUGGUACCUGAGAUCGAUCUCACGACCUAAUGCUUGCCAGGCAGGCACUUGUGCCGCUGAGCUAUAUCCCUGGCCCCCACCACAUUGUUUUUAUCACAGUAAAUUUAUACUAUAAUUUCAAGUCAGGGAUUGUGAUACCCCAUCUUGUCUUUGUUGCCCAGAAUUGCCUUUGCUAUUCUAGGUCUCCUCUGGUUCCAGGUGAAUUUUAGGGUUGUUUUCUCUAACUCUGUGAGAGAUGCUAUUAGAUGUUGAUUGGUAUUGCACUGAAUCUGUAUAACAGUUUUGGAAGUAUGGCCAUUUCCACUAUAUUGCUUCUUCCUAUCCAAAAGCAAGCAGUGUUUUUAUUCCAAGUCUCUUUUCCUCCAAAUAUAUGUUAAAAUUGAGACUUAUAUAACUAUAGUUCCCUGGUUCCAGUUUACAGAAUUUUUUAAGUGAUCAGUGCCCAAAAAAAUCCUAUUUCUUUCUAUAAAUCUUUAGCGUUGGGACCAGAGAGGCCACCUGGUCCAGGCCGUCACUUUGGCAGUGAGGGUGUGGGCACAGGAAGGCCACAUCCAGCAGCAAAAUCUAUAUCCUCGGGCUGGGGAUUUAGCUCAGUGGCAUAAGCACUUGCUUUGCAAGCAGGCAGUAGUGAGUUCGAUCCCCGGUACUGAUAAAAAAAAAAAAAAAAACACUACAUCUUCUUCCUGUGUUGCCAGUAAACGAAGCAUUCUUUUGCUCCAUUCAAGUAGAAAUCAUGAAGCAGCAAGGCACAGGUCUGCUAGCAGAGCCGCCGGCCCUCAGCCCUGACUGCUAGGGACUGGGCCCUGAUGCCACCACCGCCACCAGUUGAUGCUGGGCUGUGUCGGUCAACACUGCCAGCUGCUGUCUCUGCCACUGCCAGCGAAUUUCAGCUGACUGCCAGCUGUGUCACUGACCUUCAGCUGCUGGUCUCCGGAGCUCUUGAGGGUUAACAGCCCUAAGUGUUGAGUGCCUCUUUUUAAAGUCACCAUCACUCUGCCAGUUGUGGCAUGCACACCUAGAAUCCCAGCACUCAGGAGGCUGCGGCAGGAGGAUCAUUAUAAAUUUGAGGCUACAAGCAAGCAGCUCGCCUCCCUGGUAAGCGGCUGAGGUGUGGCUGACUUCGGCCCCUCCAGGGGGAGAACCACCAGUGUCUUCUGAAAUUCCACAUCAUGUUGGAACCUACAAAGCCGGGAAACCAAGCAACCAGCCUGCCUCCCUGCUAAGCAACAGUGAACCUACUGGUGCACGGCCUAGAGUCAAACAUCCCACCUCCCCUCCCCCCCUUCCCCUGUCCCCCCAUUAGCAAAUGGGAACCAGAAAUCUGAGCAUCUCCUGGGAGGCUGACCAAAGCAAAUAAGGGGGAUUUCCUUCUACCAUCUCUUUGAAGGCAAAUAUUUUUAUUACUGUUUUGCUCUGUUCUGAUUAAUGGUACUGCUCUAUUCAGUAUUCUGUUUUGGUAAGUUCUAUAAUGUUCUGUAUUUCAUUUAUUUUGAUAUACGUGAUUGAAAGAACAACUAUUGUAAAGACAACAAAAUAUAUUGUGAUACCUAUUACUGUUAUCCCGGUAACCUGCUGCAAAGUUCUGUACCAAUUUCACUGUACGAUCUUGGUUAGCUUUAUUCUGUCUUGUUCUGUUGUAUUUUACUACUUUCAAAAUAAAAUUUAAAAACAAUAAAAUAAAAUUUGAAGCUAGGGGCUGGGGAUAAGCGCUUGCCUGGCAAGCGUGAGGUUGUGAGCUCAAUCCCCAGUACUGGAAAAAAGCCAAAAGAUAAAUAAAUAAAUUUGAGGCCAAG